UGUUUGCAUAAUUUGCCUCGUUCUGAGUUACUACGGCCUCUUUGCUCGUCGACUCCCGAGGUGGAAGCACGCCGUUUUAACUUCUUCCUUGACUAAUCAAAGAUGCCGUACCAAGGAGGUGGUGGUUAUGGUGGAGGAGGCUAUGGUGGUGGCGGAGGCCGCUUUGGAGGUGGUGGCGGAGGCUACGGGGGCCGUGGCAGAGGCGGCGGCGGUGGAGGUGGCGGUGCAAGGAGGAGCUAUGGAAAUGAAGACUUGGAUCCUGAAAGUGAACAGUUCCGCAAGCUUUUUGUUGGUGGCUUGAGCUACGAAACUACAGAGGAUGGUCUGAAAACACAUUUUGAAAAGUGGGGUGAAAUUCUUGAUUGUGUAGUCAUGCGCGAUCCAAUGUCAAAAAGAUCAAGAGGCUUUGGUUUCAUCACAUACAAGGAAGUUGCCAUGCUUGAUGAAGCUCAGAGAAACAGACCCCACACCAUCGAUGGAAGAGAUGUGGAAACAAAACGUGCAAUGCCUAGAGAUUCCGCUGGACCUAGCAACCAUCAGAGCAUAUCAAAAAUGUUCAUUGGUGGAAUGAAGGAUGACACUACAGAAGAGCAGAUCAGAGAGGUGUUUUCCCAAUUUGGAGACAUUAAAGCUGUGGAUAUUGUGACUGACAAAAACACAGGAAAAGUGAGGGGCUUCUGCUUUGUGGAGUUCGAUGAUUAUGACCCAGUGGAUAAAGCUGUUUUGAAGAAAAGACAUGAUCUGAAUGGAAAGAAAGUUGAGGUGAAAAAAGCUGUUUCCAAAGAUCAAAUGGACGGUGGCGGUGGACGAGGCGGUAUGUCUGGACGGGGUAGAGGACGUGGUGACGGCUACGGAGGAGGAUCCUACGGGGCAAAUGGAGGCUAUGGAGGGGGUGGCGGCUAUGGUGGAGGUUAUGGCGGAGGCUAUGGUGGCCAGGGAUGGGGUGGAUCUGGAGGCGGCUAUGGUGAUUACAACAACAGCUGGGGAGGUGGUGGUGGCGGAGGGUUUGGCUCCAACUAUGGUGGAGACUAUGGUGGUGGUCCAGUGAAAGGUGGUGGCUAUGCUGCUCGUGGUUCUGGCCCUUACGGAGGUGAGCAAGACUGGGGUGGUUACGGCCCAAGUGGUGGCGGUGGAUAUGGUGGUGGCAGUGGUGGCGGCUACAGGCGGUGAAAGUUUCAAAAAUCAUUUAAAAGCAGGCAGGCAGGUUGUAAGCAGAGUAAGAGAACUAGAAACAGUGGCCAAUAAGCAGGCAGGCAGGCAGUUCAGACUUCAGGCAGGUUUUAGAUAGGGUUGUACCACCUACAUCCUAGUGAAGAAACAUCCUAUCUAAACCUCCCAUCGCUCAGUCGCACAGCAUUAGGUCAGAUCUCUAGGAAGCAAUACCUCGCCCAGCAUACUGCAGUCAGGGUUUAGGAGCCCUAUUCAGGUAGCAGCGUCGUUUUUAUAUAUUUCAGUGUAGUGCUAUGAUUAAGUUUCAUUGUGGACCUCAGUGUUGUUCUUCGUCUGUACUUUUCUCGUGUUAAAGAAAUCUAUGUGGUUAAUUCAUGAUUAUUCAAGGGAGACACAAGUGCACAAAUUUAAAGGGGUAGGUUUUUUCUCAUUUCCUUUCGGAAAUAUAAAUGCUUCAUGGGGAGGAGAUGGAUUUCAAACUGGUAUGGGAUAUUUUUCUUAAUAACAAAUUUGGUCUAGUGGAACAUUACUGUGCCUGCCUUGAGAUAGUAUAGCUUUAUGAUUUAGUUUACGUGUUAUUGCCUGCAUACCAUCAUCUUUUAGCAGAAUACCAGCAUCUCAUUGUAAAACACCAUUUUUCAUCACCAUUCAUUGUUCAUCGUCGUAUCAUCAUCUGUAAACCCAUUUUAGUCGUUUAACUGGACACUACUACCAAUGUUUAAAAAUCUCAAUUUUACAGAGGUAAUUUAUUUUUUGAAUUGGUAGGCUGGAAAUGUAUUAAAAAUUUGUGUCACGUCGUGUUUGUUGUUGUCAUGAUUUUUUAUUUCAUUUUCCCCUCCCACAUGAAGAGUAUUCCUGGAAUAAAGUUGUUUUUUAAUGAUC